AUAUUUGGCGGCGGAAGUGACGCUCACGGGCACGGCAGUUAGCAUGGCGCUGGACGGCUCGUCCACGUCUGUGAUAAUGGCUCACAAUAAGGCAUACCAGGUUCACAUGUGUGAUUAUUACAGCAGUACACCCGAUGUAGUGCCCUCAGGAGUCAGCGAGAGGAAGAUCUCUCCCUCACACACGUGCGAUAUGAUGACGCUGGAUGUCAUCACCAUUAAAGACUCGGAUGCUCCAGUCCACAGGAAGAAACGUGAAGUUGACACUUAUGUGCUGGGCACGAUACAUCCAUUCCGGAAAACUCACAGGUCCAUCCUGGGGAAGUUUUUCCAAGAGAUUAGCUUGGUUGCCUCUAACAGACGGUCGUGGAGGAUUCUUCUCUUUGGUGUCUUGAAUCUGAUGUGUACGGCCUGUCUGCUGAUGUGGUGCAGUUCUACCAACAGUAUGGCUUUAACUGCAUAUACGUACCUCACUAUCUUCGAUCUCUUCAGUCUUCUCACAUGUUUUCUGAGUUUCUGGGUGAGCAUGAAGAAGCCCAGUCAGGUCUACACUUUUGGGUUCGAGCGGUUCGAGGUGUUGGCGGUGUUCGCCUCCACUGUGUUGGUUCAGCUGGGUGCUCUCUUCAUCCUGAAGGAGAGUGUCGAGCGGUUUGUGGAGCAGCCAGAGGUUCACACCGGUCGUCUGUUGGUGGGAACAUUUGUGGCUCUGUUCUUUAAUCUGUUGACUCUACUGUCAGUGAAGAACAAACCCUUCGUCUUUGUGUCUGAAGCGGCGAGCACCAGCUGGCUUCAGGAACAUGUGGCCGAUCUGAGUCGAAGUGUGUGUGGACUCAUCCCGGCGCUCAGCAGUUUUCUGUUACCCAGAAUGAAUCCCUUCGUGCUGAUAAACCUCGCCGGCGCCGGCGCUCUCGGCAUCACGUACAUGCUUAUUGAAAUCAAUAAUUAUAAUGCGAUGGACACGGCCACUGCCAUCGCCAUCGCCCUCAUGACCUUCGGCACCAUGUAUCCCAUGAGCGUGUACAGCGGGAAAGUUCUGCUUCAGACCACCCCCUCUCAUGUGAUUGGUCAGCUUGAUAAACUGCUCCGAGAGGUCUCUACGCUGGAUGGAGUUCUUGAAGUCAGAAAUGAACAUUUCUGGACCAUUGGCUUUGGCUCUUUGGCCGGCUCGGUCCACGUGCGCAUCCGCAGGGACGCUGAUGAGCAGAUGGUUCUGGCUCACGUCACCAACCGCUUGAACGCACAGGUGUCCGUGCUUACAGUUCAGAUCUUCAAAGACGACUGGAGCCGUCCCUCGCUGACGGGGGGCGUUCUCCCGACCGGCUCGCUCAGUCUCUCCGAGUACGUCACUUCUGCUGCCUUUCCUCCCGCCGUGACCAAACAACUGGAGGAGUGUGACCCGGUCACGUCUACACCCGCGAAGCCCAGCAGCCCACCGCCCGAGUUCUCCUUCAACACUCCGGGAAAGCACAUCCAGCCGGUGGUGUUUCCGAUGGCCCAGCAGCACAGGCCGUACUCUUCCGGUGUGCUGAAGCAAGGUUUGGGUCAGGCCGGCGGUGCCGCUGCCAUGAGGCUGGGCUUUGGCGUGCCGUCCGAUCAGGGUUACAGGACUGUGAACACAGUCCCACACAGAUACACAAGCAAUCUGUCUCCAUCACAAACAGAUCAACAGAGACCGUGAGCUGCUAACACCACCUCAGCUUGUUUCUGUGGGACCACCAGCAUUAGUUUCUCCUCUAGUUUGAUGUUUGAACUUCAUAUUAUUGUUUUAAUCUCCUCAUCUAAAGAGGAGUCAAAUCGUUUUUUUAUGUUUACAUUUGACCAAAACUUAUUUACCAGAUGGAUAAAAAAAGUUGUAAUAAAUAAUUCCCAUAAAUAUAGUAUUGUACUUAACAUUA